CAACACGGUAGGUAUAUUCACGGCUUGCUCAUAUGAGAAAUACUGUUUCUAUAGUCUAAGUGUAGAGCUGAAAGUUUCUUCUGGGAACCAUUAUGAGUCCAAAGUUUGCAAUUAUUCUGUUGUUAGUAGUCUUUUUGGGACUAGAAGCACGAAGCGGCCAAAUCGAACAAGAUCCCGACGACCAACCAGAAUCUGACCCUGGCCGCCGCCGGCAAAAACCAAAGAAAAUCAAAAUUAAAGCUAAACUUUCAAAAGCCUCAAGAGGAGCCCUUGGUCAAGGAUUUGAAAUCCAUAAAGAAGAUUUACURACCAAGCAAUUCAAAUCAACGGGAGCAAAAAUCUUCGAGGACCUUCCAUUAAAAGAAUGUGUGAAAAGCGACAAACUUGGUCAAAUCCAAAAAGAUUCUACAUUUUACAGCAGUACCAAGUCACUUUACCAAUCAGUUUCAACUAACACAAAGGUUGAGGCGAGCUUGGAAGGUGUAUACACUCUAGGUGCGUCCGUAGAAGCCGCCACAAACAACAUUGCAUCAGGGGAGAAAAAUAUUCAAGGCACGUCGCUUAAUUUCAACGCUUAUAGCUAUUCCUCUGGGCUCAAGAAAGACUGCAUAAACGAGAAAGCUUUGACUAAAGAUAUUGUAAAAGACUUUGAAGCUCUCCCCAAGAAGGUUGAUAAACCAUGGAAGAAGGCGUCCUGGAGAGAAUACAACGUAUUUUUGUCGAAGUACGGAUCCCACAUUGUCAAAGAGGUAAUCUCAGGCUCUAGUAUCUACCAAUAUGUCUUUGCUGAGUCCGACAAGAAGUUCACCCAGAAAGACUUUACUGUCAAGGCUUGUCUUUCAUUGGCGGGUCCUUCGCAAGCUGGAGAAGUUGGGGUUUCUGCUUGUUCUGAAGUCUCUAAAAAGGAUAUCGACAAAUCCUCCUCACAAUCAAUGAAAACGAAGUUAGUCGUCCGAGGUGGUAAAUCAAAGACAAGGGCUAAAUUGUCGGGUAAGCUGUCACCAAAGCAAAUCAACAAAUUUAUGAAGCAAGCAAAAAGAAACCCAUCGCCUAUCAAAUAUCACUUUGAACCAAUAUGGAAAAUUCUCAAAAUCAGGUAUAUUGGAAAGGACCACUACGCUAAGGCAGUUAAUCUGGAGCAGUAUUUCAAAGGCUAUCUUAAUUACGGUUGCGCCUACGAAAAAACCAGCGGCGGUCUAGAAAAACAAAAAUUCGAUCUUGAUGAAGACAGCGAUCCAGAAUCCCCAACUUACGUGUGCAAACUUCGUCCAGAAGGAUGCCAGUCUGAAGAUGACUGUCACUACCGGGCCGCAUUCUGGUGUUCAUGCUAUGGYGAGUCUUGUAUACGGUACAAAGAAAAAGACCUCCCCUCUGGAGAGACAAAGACAACAGCCGAAGUAGUCGAGAAAGACGAUGACUGGGAAGACGCAUCAUGCGAACUUUCUGGAUUGUCGUGUUCGUGUUCCGGCAAKCGGAAGAACUGGAAGUCGGUCUGGAGAGGAGAAUCACUAGAUGAUGGUAUCAAUGAUGUCCACUCUGUAUUACUGAAAAAGAACCGCCGUGAUCAAGCAAAACGUAACGAACUUCAUUGCUAAAGAAAUUGCAAUGACGUAACUCCGUUUGAAUUCAUUCAAUAAUAUUUGUUGAAUUAAAAAAAAUUGAAAWAUCCAAUAUAAAAAUUAUUAAAGUUAACAAUAUAGUCCAUAAUGGCAUGAUAAUGCGUAGUUAAUUGCUUGUUYAAUAGACGAAAAUUGAAAAUAAAAAACCGAAAAUAAAUCGAAAAUAAAAAACCAGAUYA